AUGGAAGCCAUAAAGGCUUUUUUAAGGGACAGAAUAUUUACAUCAUCUCACGAACCUCGUUUUCCCGAGAAAGAUAUUGCUUCUGUGUUUAACACAAUUCGUGACACUGUAGUCAAUGGUGUCAGUAACUCGAUGCUCAUCAUUGGCCGCAGGGGAAGCGGCAAAAGUCAUUUACUGCGAGAAGCUAUAAAGAGAGCGAAGCUUGACGCGGAAGUGAAAAGUAACAUAAUUGAAGUAUACAUUAAUGGUCUCAUUCAUACCAACGAUCGGAUUGCUCUGCACACAAUCGCAAAGCAACUUCAACGUGUCUGUCCCAGCGUCUCUGAAGCAGAACUCAUAAAACGGGAAGAGGAGGAAUUGACGGUAGAUGAAUCAGAUGAAGACAAGGAAAACGCCCUUGUUGAAUCUCGAAUACGAAACUUCUCAGAUCAAAUGCGUUGGCUUCUUUCAGGCUUGCGCGCCGGUGACAGUGUGGCGUCAAAGGCCCUUGUUGUGGUGCUCGAUGAAUUCGACCUGUUUGCAACCCACCGAAACCAAGCGCUGCUGUACAACCUAUUUGAUACCAGCUGCCAUGCGGAUGGAACACCAGUCUGCGUUAUUGGAGUCACCUGUCGACUGGAUGUGAUGGAGAUGCUUGAGAAACGUGUUAAGUCACGUUUUUCCCACCGUCAACUUCACGUCGUUUCCGUAGCUGCGCCUCUUUAUGAGGAUACUUCAAUGGCCGACGACAACACGCAGGAGGAGGAGGAGGAAGACGAUACAACACAAGGCGCGUCUCGUCCCUUUAAGCGCUACUGCGACGUGGCUCGGAGCCUCCUUACAGUCCACAGCGCGAAAGAGUUGGCCGAAUUUGCGCAAUCCAACGUCAACUUCCACUCCCUAACCAAAUGGAAACUUCACAAGGCCGUGGGAGAUUGGAACGCUCAUGUGAAUGAGUUCUUUGAAAGCGAAAUAGUGACAGAUUGCCUUCGGCAGACAUGGGAAGUAUCAACGUGCAUUGGAAAAUUGCGAAAUGUCAUGGCUCUGUUAAUUGCACGAUUGGACCAAUCCAAGUCCACACUCGACGCCGAGGAUUUCAUUGAGGUGCUCUCUCGACUGAGACAGGAUGCGAAGACUGCACUGUUGCCCAGUCUUUCGUUGUUGGAACUCAUCCUAAUCACAACGAUGGUGAAACUCCAUGAAAUUCGUGAAGGCGAGCCGCUUAACUUCGAAGUCGUCUUUCGCGAAUACACACGUUUCUGCAAAUCGUAUUGCCCGGGCUACCUGUAUGAAAAAGCCGUGGUUUCGAAGGCAUUGGAUAGUCUCAUAGAACAGGAGCUAGUUGUGUCUGGCCGAGAGGCCCUCGCCACCAUGGCCAGUGGAGGCGUCGGCUUCAAUGCUGGAGCCAAGGGGAGGAAGGCAUCGUCCGCGUUUCUUAUGACUGCCAAUCUGCCGGGCCAACUCCGGAACUUCCAGCCCAUCUCCUGCUUCGUCACCUCGCCUUUGAUUAGGGCCUGCCUGGACGCGUACCCGGGCUGCCCCAUUGAAUUAUCCCAGUGGGCCCAUUCCAGAACCAUGUGA